GUUUGCUUGGCCUCCUGUCUGUACGUGAUUGGUUGUUUCUGCCAGCCAGCCACUCCUAUCCCAUCACAUUUCCUGGUUGUAAAUUCCGAUUUGGCAUAACUUUGGUUCUGAGAAUGUUUCGUGUUCUAGUUUAAUGGCUGUGUUAUUGUGUGCUGUGCGCAUUGACAACAUAGAGUAACCGACCCAUUUUAUGGAGCACAGGUAAGUAGUGAUCUCCCAAUGAAUGUGUAUAUCUGUUUAUUGACCCAUGGGGAGAGUCCAGCCGGCUGGCAUUAACACAGGGCUUGUAGGCAGCACCAUGCAUUAUGUGCUAAUAGGAUAACAACAUUCAGUGUGGGGAGCAGCUCUCAGAACUGCAAACUUUAACAUGAGUAAACUGUGAUCCAUCAGGCAGUGUGAGGAACUAUGCAAUUUAGGGAGUGAAUCAGGUCGGUAAUAGAUCACUCUGCCUACCUAAUAAAAUACAGCGAGUUGUAUAUAGUUAUACAUUAAGUUAGAACUGUAGACAUGGCACAAGCUUCUCCUUAUUUAGAACUAAUGGAUCGUGUAAAUGCCCAUUCCAGACACGUGCUUUAUGUGUGAAGUGUCUUUUUUUGUUUUCUUCAGUUUGCAAAACCGUGCAGCUUUCAGUAGAAAUUGGCACCUUCUUAAAUGAAUCUUCUUGCACCCCCUGUCAAUCAGACAACCAUUCUGUCACUUCCUGGUUUGGUUAGCUAGGUGGAGCUAAACUCAAGAGGCAGCCAUUGCUCAGAGCAUCUGCCUUACAAAGACUUCUCACUGAGCUGCAUUGGGACACCUGUGAUUGGAUAUCCACAGAAAGUCUGGGGGUAUAUCUACCAAAUAGUGAUUUUUGGAGGUGGAGUGUCCCUUUCAUUAAAAGUGCCAUUAAUAUAUUGCUGUUGUAUUACUGAAAAGACUAAACCCUUAAACAUGUAAUCAAGGUCUACUCCCUAAACUGGGAAUUCUCAUGCGGGUUAUUAAUCGUGUGCCAAAAUACUUGAGCUGGAAGAAUGGUGUAUCUGGAAACUGAUCCCUAUUUGACUAUGCUCCCCUAAUAUUUUCAAUUCCAUUAUAUCCAUAUCACUAUAAUCCAAUGUAGGGGUUAUUGUACCAGAAAACUGCACAGUCUUCUCUCAGUAAAGGGUCACAUUAUUUGUACAUGGUUUGAAACCUGCAUGUUUCCUCCAGGCUUCCUUGCUGCUCCUAGUCUCCUCCACAUAACUUACAUUUUAAGUUUCUUAAUGGCUGAGAGUUUCAACAGACAUUGUCUGCAAGUGAAUGACCUGAAAAUACAAAAUGUAUCUAGCUAAACACAAUCUGAACUUCCAUUUUAGCAGUAUGGGGAAGUAUAGAAGCAGCAUGGCAGGAUCCAUGUAAAUGUCAAGUCAUUUGCAAAUGUUUUGAUAUGUUAUAGGGGACUCCUGGCACCAUGACCACUACAGGGGGCUGCAGUGGUUUUGGUGCAUAGACUGCCCCAUCAAUGCAGUUUAAUAUGUAUUUGUAUAUCAGUGUUCCACAAACAUUUGUGAUUGAUUGAUAUUUUUUUUUUUUUUUCCUCCCUUUCUAGAACACAGUGCAACACAAAGUGUGAAACUAAGAGAGACUUUACAUUUCUGGACCUAGCUGAAUCAUCCAGUUUUAUGGUAGAUCUGUCUCUAUAUAGGUUUGUAGGAGAUUGGUGAAAAAGAAUAAGAUGUCGUCUAUGCGAUAUUAUUUGGCAACCCAUGAUUUCUCUGCCCUGCCAGAAUCUAUUGAUGGGGUUUAUGAAACUGUGGAGAAAGGAAGCAUGCUUACACCAGUUGAUGCUCCACCCACUGCCGUUAUCCGAGUAGAUGAUCCAAAACACUCGCCCACUCCACUCUGGCUCCGAGUUCAGGAAACACAGAGAGUGGUCGGAGUUGCAGUGGAGUCAGUGAUUGAGCUAGAGCCUCUGGUGGGUAGGAUACUGCUGGCAGUGACGGACACAGAAGAACGUUUGGCAUUCUUCAAAGACCGACGUAGAAUGAGGGAAGUGAUUGAAUUAAAACCAAGGGACUGUGUCAGGGUGCAAGUCACCUCCUCCAGUGGGCGCAAGGAGAAGGGUGUGCUACAUUACAGAGGACUUGUAAGCCACCGGCAAGGGAUUCUCUUUGGGGUGCAGCUUGUAGUAAGUAUUUGGGAUAUUUGUAGACAAUCACCUAAAAAUGCAAUGGCUCAGAUAAUUUGAGAGAGUGCGUGCGUGUUUUUUUUUUUUUUUCUCUCCCCCUCAAAUAGAUGUGUAUUCCUGAUAACUUUUCUCUUUUUAAAGGAACACUCCCAAUCCGUUGCAUCUCAUUGAAUUGGUUCUAGUAUCUGGAGUCCCCUGGUGCUGUCCCUCCAUUCAGUGUUUUCCAUUUUCGAUCAGUUUAACACUGAAUGCGGGUCCUUGGCCACCCUGCCCCCACUGGAAGUGUGGCUAAGACAGAUUAUAAGUGUCCUUCUAUCCAUACCAAUUCAAAACCGCAAUAAGCACUGUGAUAGGCUUAAAGUGGUCAGUUACUACUAUCAACCAAUCACAGCUGCCCAUUGCUGCUCAGGCUAAUGCUUCCUCAUUAGCCCAAGCAGCAAAGAGAGGAUGGGCUGCAGGACACUCUCAUUUAGCAUUUAAGUAUUGAAAACUGUUUAACACAGAGUAUAAGGACAGCACCUGGUGACUUCAGAUACUAUAACCACUUCAGUGAGAUGAAGCUGUUACAGUUCUUAUAGUGUCCCUUUAAUCGAAAUUAAGUUGAUAUGGCGGGAGGUGUGCCUGGGUGCUGUCUUAACUUUAGAGCUUUGAGACCAAUUUGCCAGCUACAUCCUAUGCAAUAGACUUACAGGGUUAUUUACUAAAGUGAUAAUAGCUGGGAAUUCAACAUGAAUUUCAAAUUGAAGGCCAAAGUAGCCAAACUGAAAUUUGACCUUAAAUUUGAAAUUCACUUUGAAUUCCCUGCAAUUCUCAUGUUGGUGAAUAACCCUGUUAAUGAAAGACUAAUUGUGCUGCCUUUGUGUUCCUCCUGUCCCACCUUUCUCCUUAGGGAUCAGCAGUUGGUAAAGGAUUCACAGAUGGUUCAUUUCUUGGACAGCGGUUCUUCCAGUGCAAUGAAAAUUGCGGGGUUUUUGUUCCAGGAAGCAGGCUGGAAAGGGAGCCAAAUGAAUCCUCAAGUCGAAGAAUGAGAAAUGUGGAAGAAAGCAAUGUGGGACGGCCAGAAGAACCUGUGCCAGGGCCCAGGAGAACCAACACUAGAGCAGUUGAACUCCCUGUAGAGCCACGACCAAAGCAAUUGAAUUUCCUCUCUCGUGGAGUCAGGCAACAGAGCCCUCCGCGGGCUGGAGAGAAAGAACAGGAUAACGGUAUUAUUAUUGCUGGUAUUUUGUUUUUUAUGUGUAAGACACAGUUAGUUUUGGAACAGAGUGCACUAUGGGUUACAUACACACUGACAUACAGUGAUUGCUGCGUGAAACAGAAGUUGUUGCGGUAAAAACUUAAACUUACACUGCAGGAUAUAACUCCCUCUCAUUGUUUGUCCACUAUAUACCCAAGUCCUAAAAAUAAAUCUAAAAUUACUUAAGGUACCAGUCUAGAGGUACUUGUUAUCCCCAGCAAUUACAACCUUCUGGAGUGAUUUUUGUAUAAAGGGACACUCCAGACCACUUCUACCCAUUGGAGUGGUCUGGGUGCCAACUCCCAUCACCCUUAACCCUGCAAGGUAAUUAUUGCAGUUUAUAAAAAAAACUGCAAUAAUUACACACUUGCAGGGUUAAGUCCUCACAGGCACUAGAGGGACUUUUGGGUUCUUAAAACCUGAAAAGUGUUUUAAACGACGCUAGACGUCCUCACACUAUGCAUGAGGACCUCCAGCAUCGACCGGAAUCCCCAAACUAAAGCAGUCAAUAAUGCUUUCCUAUGGGGAGGUCUAAUAUAUGUGCGUGGGCGCGCGUGCUUGGCCAUUGCCACUCAUAAGGUCUCCCGCGCUGGCUGAGAGGGACAUCGGCGCUGGAUUCAGGUAAGUCACUGAAUGGGGUUAUAACCCCUUCAGCAACAUGGGAUGGGUGGUGGGAGGGAGGGGAGCACUGCAGGAACCUGUAAUGCCAAGAAAACUGAUAUGUUUUCCUGGCACAGGAGAGUCUCUUUAAACUUGGAAUUAGUUGACAUCUGUCAUUCAGUCAUAGCUUUCCUAUUCAAUUAAUUGGGAAAUUUGAGCAUAUCCUAUAAGAGCUCCUUCCCUGUAUGGACGUAUAGAACAUAUAGUUCAGCAAAUGGACAUAGUUUUGUUGGUGUGAUGAAUGAAAAUACUCUGAUAGCCGACAGCAGCUGCACCUUGGAUACUACCCAUUUUGUGAAUGUAUUUAUAGGCAAGGCCAUGGUUCAUUCUUUUAAAAGGCAAAAAGAGCCUGUUCGAGUAGUUUGUGUAUGGCAGAGAAACCUCCUACACAUUGACACGGGAGAUGUAAUGUCUGUAAGUGAGGGUAAGCAUUUAGCAGCAGAAGGUUUUACAAAUUGGCUGCAGUUAUAAGACAAUCCGUGCCGAAUAAGUGACAAGGCACACCCUUUGUACGUAGCAUAGGUGGUUAUGGUGCCUGAGUUUCAAGGUAGAGGUCGAGGCAACCACUGUCCAAGUACAAAAAAUCCAUUCUGCGCCACUUGUUAAACGCAGCUAAAUCACUCAUACCAGUGUACUGGAAGAAAACGGACAUCCCCACACGGGAGGAAUGGAUCCACAGAGUUGAGGAUAUUAGGGCAGCAGAAGCACUUCAGGCAGAAAUGGCAGGGAGAGGAGCAAAAUACACAGAGACCUGGGCGCCAUGGUUUACCUUCCGUGCGAGAAUAUAGGGGGGUGUCGGUGGUUGGGGAGAGGGCAGCCCUCACAGCAUCCCCAUACCCUACGCUACGAUCCAUAACCACCAUCUUGCGCUGGCGGAUACACGAGCCACACCUAACACACAGACUACAAUACAAAUAUUUCAGACAGGGGAACAACAUAGAUAGAACAGACAAUGGGACGCACGUGAAAAAAUCGCGCACAUACAACUAGCCGGAGCAUGAUCAAACACUACCCCUGCACGGACCCUAAGGCAUAGGAGACUAGGUAUAGGGUCAUCACACACCACAGAUAGGGGACCCGGACCUCAUUAAAAACGCAGGUAUAGGGGGACACAACGAGACAUGUUUAGCAAUCCCAACGAUGUUACAGCCGGAUGAAAACUCGGCGAAAACUGACUUAACCAAUUCACCAUAACAACUCCGACACUACAACGCGGUACUUUAACAGCUAACUCGGACUUUCAAGGAAGCCCAAAACACAAUACCGAAGGGGCGAAAUUUGGUCAACUAAUUACCACCCAAGACAACAGCCAUAUUCCUGACCCACGUACAGCAAAAUAUUAUGUCCCUUAAUGGAAGACUCUGGACACCCACACAUCAUAUUCCCACCCCUACAUACAUCCUAAUAAGUAUCUCCCCUCACUCAUCAUCCCCGAAACACGACACCCUGGCAUCAUACAGACCAAUCAGGGAAAUAGACCGGAGGCUUGAUGGACCAUUUGAGACACAGGGGACAUCACCUAAAGAAGAAUGGGAGAUAUCUCACCGCAGUAACGCGAGAGAUAACCCUCCAUGGAUCUGACACGUUAAGUAAUACUGACACACAGAGGUCCACACAAUAUGUGGGGAUCUUUAAUAUAAUAUAACUUAACUUACUAUAAUCCACAUUAAUUUAUUUUAAUCUUUCGUUUUAGUUAUUUUGUACUAUGCUAACCUACUUAUACUCCCUAUACAAUGACCCUCUUGACCCAUAACACACUACAUUGCAUCACACCACACUCUCAUACUUAUCGACAAACGAUGAAGAAGAUUAACGUUAUUAAGCAUGCAACCUUAAUGUACUUAUGAAAAUUAGUAUAAUCACCUGAUCUCGCACCUGACAAGCUCACUUGGAUACACACGGUAUCAAUAUAAAAAACAGCAUUGCAAUUUAUGAAAAGGACCACUGUUCUAACUGAAAUAUGAUAUCCGAUGUAAAAUGAACCUGACUGUAGUUUCUAUUUUGAUAUAUACUAUACUCAAAUUAUGUACCUAUACUAUGUUAUUGAUACGGGCCUGCGAGCCUAAGCAUUAUCUUGUUCACACCUUAAUAAAAACUGAUUAUAUUAAAAAAAAAAAAAAAGGUAGAGGGAUUUUUCCCUUUAGAAAGAAAGUACACAAUGGCGCUUUACGUAAAUCCAUACUACAAAAUUUUAUCAACACAGGAAGGGAACUGGUAAAUCGUACACAGCAUGUAGCAAUAGCAGGGGCUUUUGUUACUUUUAGGAAGUGGGAUAUACUUUUAAUGCACAAUCUUAGAAUGUCUGUAAGAAAUAACCCCCUUAUUUAUAUUGUUGUAUCCUGACUUUUGGCGGCUUAUACCCUGGAUAUCCGAGUGACUGAUCUCUUUUAGAAUUCCAAUCACUGGUGCAGUAAAAGAUCUGUCGGUUAUUGUUCUGGGCUGAGGCAUUUAACAGCAGUGGAUUUUUAAGAUUAAUCUCUCUAUAACUGUCACAGCAAGGGGAAGCUAACAAACACCUAAAGUAAGGCUGAUGAAUGUAUGGGUCAAAGGUCUCUGUAAGAGGAUAUUUCUGUAGCUGUAAUCUAUACUCUCAUGGACUGUCAUUCUGGUGUUGAUCUCUCUAGUGGUGGAGCCCAAAAAUAUUUGCUAUUUGGCCAUAGUGUCAGCUCUAAAUUUCAAAAAUUGUAUUUAUAAUGUAUUUUUAUGACUGUUCUUUAAGUACAACAUACUUGUUUACAAUAUAUCUGUUUCCUUAUAAUAUCAAUUUAGUUUUAAAUCAGAUUGCAGGAGAAAUGACACCGGAUGUGACUGCAAUCAUAACAGAGAAGCCGAUCGUUACUGCACAUGAGCUGUAUAUCUUCAGUGCCCUUCUCAGAAACCAAGCUAGAUUAAUAUUGUCCAAGGCCCUAGGCAGGAUGCCAAAUGUGUUGCCCCUUCUAGAGACCUGGGUUCAUUGGCCAUGUGUUCAUGAGAGUAUGUGCUAGCUGGGUGGUGCGGGUGGGGGGGGGUAGGGAGAGGCUGUGUGUGUUUGGAAGGCCUCCUUGCACAUCUUUCCUUUUACAUUUUUAUUUAAUUUGCCCCCUCCUGCUUAUAUUUUGGCAUUGCCCACUCCUUCCGAUGUGGAAGCAUUUUGGUUUUUACCUUUAUUGGGUGCAGUGUCUUUAAGUUUGCCCUUAGCGUCCUGGAGUUUAGUCCGUGCCUCAGAUCGAUGGCUGCUGUACUUUGUCAUUGAGAAGUGCUGGGAUUGUGAGGGAGCUCUUACAGUGAUCUGCACCCAAUAGAGGCACAAACCACAAUACUUCUUCGAUCUACUGAAGUAGGUGUUAGGCCGAGCAGGCUGAUAUUUUGAUCUCCCUGCUAAUGCAGGGAAGGCCCUCUUACUAUCAGUCAGCACUCCAGGCAAAGACAGGGACAUAUGUCAUCUAGUAGGUAAUCCAGCUCUGCUAAGUUCCAUUUUAUUGGACAGCGGUCGUCAUGCUGGUAUAUCCGAUUGCAGUGAGGAGUCUGUCUAAGCUUAAAAAAUAUAUCCAUGUAAAAUGUUGGUUUUCUUCUUUUUAAGAAAAUGGGGGGAAAAAAAGGCAUAGCACAACUACCAAUAGCAUUGUUUGGAGAAUCACAUAUUAAAGCCUACAUUAUAUAUUUUGGAACAAAGCCAUUUUUUUAUUUUUUUUUUUAUAUAUAUCUUGUUUUUGUGCCUCUGAUAUGCAUAUCUAGUGUUUUAUCUGGAUACUAGAUUGCAAGGAUAGAAUUAAUAUCUCAUUGGUUUUCUGCAGAGCUUGGACCAGUAGGGGAAGGAAGGAGUGCUCAGCGUGGUGUACCAGAGGAGAACACUAUACAGGGUAAACCCGAUAAAAUAAAAAAAUUAUUCCAAGGGUACAAUGCAUAGGUUAAACAUGUUGCUUUGGAAGCAUGAGAGAAAAGGUAAAAACAAGUCCAUAUGAAGAAAAAAGAGCAUACUGGGCAUUGUGUAAGGUGACAUGACACAGGGCAGUUAUUAGAUUAAUCUGGCUCCUAUAUCAACACAUAUGUGACACUGAAUCAAAUCCUUGGCAUGCAGAACACCUGAAUAGUCACAAACUGUUAUAUUUAUAGAUUGAGGAUUCUAUUCAGUGUGAUAUUGGAGGGCUGCAUAUUGGGUGCAAUAUUUGUAUUAACCGUAUUUGUUUUUCUUACAACAGUGGAAGAGGAACCUAAACCUUUUAAUACACCGCUGGAGAUAUCAGACUCUCAGCCUUCCUCUCAUUCUUGCCCUGAAGAUCAUCGACCACCUUCCAGUCUUUACUGCCCCCCUAAGAAUGGGGACCAUACUAGUCUACUGCCUGAAGCAACAUUUCCAAUGCAAGGUUUGGAGCUGAAUUCAAUGGUUGAAGUAGAUGACCCCCCUAUCUAUGGGGUGAUUCGUUGGAUUGGGCAGACCCCAGAAUCUGCUGAACCCAUAGCUGGGCUUGAAAUGGUAAAUUAAAUCUGUUCUUCAUAAGCAGCAAUUGAAACACAAUAUUAUAAUGUAAAAUAUUUAAAUGUGUUAUGAUGGAUGGCCUGAUUUGCUUGGUGCAAGCCACGAGCACGCGAAGCCAUUUUUGUGAUUGUUUUCCAUCUCCAUAGGCAUCUCUGUAUUUUGUAUCUGUAUUACACAUAGAGAAGUGUGUGUCUGUAUAUACAGCUGUGGGUCAACAGAGGGUGGAGCAGCUUGCCAGGCAGGUAUAAAGUAUAGUUGGGUAUGAAAUGUAUUUUGUGGGUGUAAUAAGUGCGGGGACUGAUUAACAGCCAAACUGUAUGCUAAUGAAAUUGGAGAUGAUAAAGUGGGCUAAUCUUGACCACCUGCUGUGGGAGCCAGCAAGUCUAUCUGCUAGAGCAAAGGGCUGUGUUGAUGUAACCAGAGAUGGCUCUGAAGGGGAAGGUGGGUACAAUCAAGAAACCAUUUGUUGUCAGAGUGGAUUUGCACAGGGGGUGCGAAGAACUAUUGUAAGGAAUCACUUUGUAGCUUUGUAGUUUUUUAUUUAUUUAUUUUUUUUCUGUGCCCUGUUCUUUAUUCCCAUUAGUGAAAGUUUUGUGUAAUGUUUAUUUUACCUUAUGCUGUGAUCCAUGUACGUUGGAUCUGGAUACAAUAAACUGAGUCCGAGUUCUGUUUUAGUUGUCAAGAAAGAAGCUGGUGUUGUCUCUUCAUUGAGGUCUCACAAGAUAUGGCUAUUCAUUGUCCUCUUUAGAGUAAUUCCUAAGAAGAGUAUUGCCAGAAGACUAGAUGGAUAGAAUAUCAUAUAGUAACCAGAUAUAAACUCAGUAUAUACUGCAUACGCUACCAAAAAUUAGUCCUAGCAUUUAGAUGUGCAAGUUAUGUAAAAAGAAUACCCACGGACAAUCUAUUAGGCUGUAUCAUCAUAUGUGUAUAUGUAUGUAAAAGCAGGAAUACCUCCUCCUUCCUAAACUACCAUCCUCUACAAGGGCAUAUCAUCUCAAAAUUAAUUUCUGUUCUAUUUACCAAAAUUAGUUUGUUACCUACCUCAGCACUCUGUGAAUCUUCUCUCCUUUGUUUCCUCAGGAAGAAGAGAUGUCAUCUGGCUGCACGGAUGGCAUGUAUAGAGGGAACAGAUGUUUUGAGUGUGGGCCCAAUAAAGCACUAUUUGUCAAACUGAAAAGUUGUAGGCCUGACUCUCGAUUCUCUUCUCUUCAUGGCCGAGUAAAUCAAAUCCAGCGCUGUAAUUCUAUUGGUGAGUAUGUUCACCGUCAACACGUACAAAUAUAUUUGAACAGUCAUAACUGAGUUAUUCUAUUAUAAGCUGGAAUGAUACUUGCAACAGUUCCCAGUUCUCUUCGGCUUAUAUCCCUCCCCAAACUAGACAACAAAUAAUGCAAGGUACAAGGACAUCCUCUAUUGUCACCAACUACUAUAUUUAUUUAGGGACAAUUGCAACAGGGGGACACAAACAAGAACAAUGAAUCUGCACCUGGAUCUGUGAAAUGAUUUAACUAGGAAAAUUACCUUUAUUCAGUCACCAGAUAUCAGGGCGCCAAAAUAAUAAAACAUACAAAAAUCCUCACUUAAAUAUGUUAUACAUAGAAAUCGUACAUCCUCAGAAUAGUCUUGUUCCCACAAGCAAAGUGUUCACUAAGCACCCAGAUUGGAUGUGCCUAGCCCACAAAAUCGUUGAACGGGGUUAGUACGGACUGAGGUCACAUCCCAAUCCGGCAUGGAGAUCCAAGUUGCUGCGGCUAAGUGAUGGUCAUCGAAAUAGUCUUCUUCAUGGAGAAAGGUGGUUUCCCCUGGUUCUUGGGUAUCGAUUGGGACAGUUUGGUCCUUCGAGACCCCGUGCCAGAUGAAGUUCUGAGUAAGCCAAUACUUGGUAUGGCUAAAUCCAAGGUGCCCAAACAGGUGAAUGUAAUGAAUUAUUUUGAAUAGCUCCUGACUGUACAUAUGAGGGAUUACCAAAUGUCGGGCCUGGGUCGAUGUGGACACUAUCUGCUAUCUGGUACUAUAAACCCUGGUGCCAGGUAAAUCUCUUCACUUCUAAUCCUCCCCUGUUGUCAAUAGCCCUGUCUUGGUAUACUUGGAGGUACAGGUCCUCUAACACCCCCUUUCCAAAUCCUGCUGGGGUAUAACACGUUUGGAAGCUUCAGUCACAGUCCAGGGGGAAGGGGCAGUUUGUCCUACCUGAGUGUCCAGGUUUGAGCUAGCUUGGCAGAACAAGCCUGUAGUCAGACGGUGAGUGAACAGGACUCCUUAACACUGGGCUGGUGAAGGCUGAAGGUGAGCUGGCCCAGGUCAUUACCUUGUAAGACUUCUGCUGGAUACUCCUUCAUUAUUCCGACUGGUGAUGAUGUUGGUGGUUGUCAGCAGCAGCCUGGACAAGGUCUGCCUCGUGUUGUAUCCCCCACAUUUUUUCAAUGGGUUGUGGGUCAGAUCCAACUCAGGUUUGUGGCUCUUUAUGGUAAAAAUGUGCAGCUGCUCGAGGGACCAGUGGGUGGGGCUGGGGGAGCCCAUUAGGUUCCGUUUCUUGAAGGUAGUCCGUGCGCAAAUGCCCAUAUUGCCGGCAUACAUGGCACUGUGGACCUAGUUGGUGUGGGGUGGCAAGCCCUAGGGGAUCUCACCAGGGGUCAAGCAGUGCAGUGUAUAACUGCAACCCCUAAAAAUAAAAUAUAAAGCCAUGACGUCACUACCUUAAAGGAACCAUGUCAUCUAGGUGAUCCAAUGCUGUUUGGGCUUGCAGAGAUGACGUGGACCAAUGGGAACUCUUUUGAGCCUAUUUAAAGCUUGUUUUAGCCUCCAUUCUUUGCCCUAUGGUUUCUGUUCCCUUGUGAUUUUCUUGUGUUUUGACUUCGGCUUUGUAUUUGACUCCUGAUUUCUGGUAUCCUGACCCCAGCUUUGUCUUGACUCUGAAUAUUUCUGUUAUUACUGUCCUUGAUUUAUCUUCACCCUGUUUCUUGUUGUAUUCAUACGUCAAGUCCAGCCAUUCUAAGGCUCGGUAAAAAGUCUUUCGGAUCCACCUUUUGUGGCUUUCCUCUUGCAGCCUCAGUUAGGAUGAGCAACCGCUGGUCCUGCGGCCGUUCCUGUACUUCAGGUUACACAUUAUUGUAAAACUGUUCUAGUAGGAUUAACUGCAGCGCCUCCGUGAGACUAUUUACUUGGCAGCGCUUUGUCCAGUUUAGGGCUGCACGCUGCAUACUCCAUGCCCACUCGACAUAGGAGUCUUUGUUCCUGCACUUUAGGUCCCGGAAGCGCAGGCGAUAUACCUCAGAUGUAAUAGCAUAUAAGGCAAAGAGCACUUCUAUGACCCAAUCAUAGUUCCUUCAAUCUACAUCAAGGAUGGCUGGGUAAGCCUCUGUUGCACAUCCUGAGAGUUUCCCGGCCAGGAUUGGGACCCAAUCCACCAGGCAGGGCUGCCAUCAGAAAAUUGCCCCCACCCGAGUCUGCCCAAAGUGCUGGCCCCCCCUCCCCCCAGAGUCCGCCAACAGGGAUGCUGUGUCUGUACUGAUUCUGGUGUGUGUGUGUGUGUGUGUGUGUGUGUGUGUGUGUGUGUGUGUAAAGUGGAUGUAGAAUGUGUAUAGUGGAUACAGAUUGUACAUUUUGUGUAAUGUAUGAGGUAUAUAUUAGAUGCAGAGUGUGUGUUUGUGUAGUGGAUGUAGUGUGUGGUUUUUAGUGAAUGCAGACUGUGUAUGGGUGUUUGUGUAGUGGAUGUAGUAUUUUUGUGUAUUAAAUGUGAUGUGUAUAGUGAAUGCAGACUGUGUGUUUGUGUAGUGGAUGUAGUGUGUGGUUUUUAGUGAAUGCAGAGUGUGUAUGGGUGUUUGUGUAGUGGAUGUAGUGUUUGUAUUAAAUGUGAUGUGUAUAGUGAAUGCAGACUGUGUGUUUGUGUAGUGGAUGCAGUGUGUGUAGUGACUGCAAAGUGUGUGUGUGUUUGUGUUAGGAAGUAGUAUGUGUAGUGACUGCAGAGUGUAUGUUUGUGUAAGGAUGUGUGUGUAAAUUUUAGUGAAUAGUGUGUGUAUGUUAGUGUAUAGUUUGUAUAAAUGUUAGUGUAUAGUGUGUGUAAAUGUAUGGGGCUGCAAAAUGUGGGGGGAAAAGCCUACAGGGUUUUUUUUUUCAUCCAUUAAUAGUAUUGUUUUGUUCCCCCCCUCCCUAUAUCUCACCUGUGGCCAUGGAGGGGGGAGAUCAGAUUGGCUGGAGCCAGAGGUCCUGAGGAAUGGUGCAGGCCCCCGCUACCUGUAUUUUGCAGGGGGCCCAGCACACCUGAAAUAUACUUCCCAGCUACUCUGCUCUGUAGAAGUCUCGCGAGCCGUGCGGAGCGUUGCCAUGGUAGCGGGGGGGGGCCUGCAGUGCACACAUAUAUAGCGUUAAUCGCUAUAUAUGUGUGCACAUAUCUAAUGUGGGGCCCGGGACGACCUGAGCAGUCCGGGCCCAUGACAACCGUUAUGGUUGAUAUGCCCUGAUGGCGGACCUGCCACCAGGUCACUCUCAUGGAGGGUACAUUGUCUUUCAAAAUCUUGUAGGUAACCACCAGGUAUGCACUCUGUCUCCACAAAGGGUUUGAAUGCGAGGUACGGCUGGAUGGAUCAUUGGAGAGAUCAGUACUACUUCCCUUACCUGCCUCAUCCCUUCCAGCCAGACCUUGAGCUCUCUGUCCUGCUCUGAUUUAAUAGCCUCAUCAGAACAUGUUUGGGCCAUAGAAUACCAUUUGCAAUUUCAUCUCCCUCUGGAACUCUGCGUCCUUUGAGAACGAGUUGGACGAGGCUGUGCUGGCUUGGUGCCCCUCCAUUAACUCCUUGGUAGACUAAGACUUGUUACUAGCUGCCUGCUCUCUUGUUUCGAGCAACUUCUUCAGCGUGCUGCACUUAGAUAAUCUGGCUCCGUCCACUGCCAGAACACCUUGUGUCCGGUUGGUUUAGCAGUCCUCAAUGAGUGACUCUCCUAGGGAUGGGGACAUCCCACUUCUGCCACCAGAUGUGACGGAGCUACGUGUCUGUCUAAAGUUCUCUUCAUGCUACAGAAAGAUGCUCUUCUAUCACCCUUCUCAAACACUAGACGACACGUGCAGGGUACAACACCAUUUAUUGGCACCAACAGCUGUAUUUAUAGUGGACAAUAGCAACAGUGGGCCACAAACAGGGUUUUCUCCCAGGUGACUCUGGGUCAGUGAGAUAAUUUAAUUAGGCAUAGUUAACUUUAUUCAAUCCUUAGACGCCAGUGCACCCAACUACUUAAACAUACAAAAAUCAUAACUUGAAUAUAAGUGAGGGUUGUGUUUUUUUUGUUGUUUUUUUUUUCAUAUAUUCAAACCAUACAUCCCCUAGAUAGGUCUUGUUCCCCCAAGCAAAGUUUCCAAAAAGUGCCCAGAUCAGAUGUACUUAGCCUGAGAAAUCAUCGAAUAAGGUUAGACCACAUCACAUCCUGAUCAGGCUUUCCCUGGCUCUUAGGUAGCAAUUGUCAGCUUGUCUUUUUUUUUUUGCCUCCUUUUUAAAAAGCACUCUUCUGGGUAUUAAAUUCAGGGCGUAGGAAAGGCCGGUAGUUUCACCGGAGCUGGACCAGGCUGACUUUGAGUACCAAGCAAUGGAAAUGUUGUUCCUGUGACAGUUUUGUGGACUGGAGAUGGAGCACUCACCAUGGUAGAAGCUUUAAGAUGGUAGAGGAUGGCCACAGGUGACUUAGCUCUUUUGCAGAAGUUUUUAAUUUAGGUGUACUGCACGAGUUAAUCCACCGUCAUGGUGCAGGAUCCGCAUACUUUGCAGGUAUAAAUGUGUUCGAAAAGUGGGGCAAUAUUCUAAAACCUCAGCACUCGUCGUGGAAAACAGUGAGCUGUUCCUGCUGUUACUAUUGGUUCUGUGGUAAAUUGGCUCUACUUUUCAGUUAUCAACACUUAUUAAUCUCCCUGAUUUGCCUUUGCACUGCUGAUGUCCUUUCUGUUUCUGUGUUUUCAGCAUUCCAGGACUAUGCUAGUAAGUGUGUUGAGGAAAAUACUCCCCCAGCUGAAGGAAAUGAAGCAAUAGAACUUCUGACCGGUUGGAAAAAGGGUAUCCAGGGACACUGCAAUUCCUGCUACUUGGAUGCAACCCUUUUCUGGUAAGGAACGUCAUGUCAUCUCUUAUUUCUAACAUAUAUAUAUAUAUAUAUAUAUAAUCAGACAAACUCUUGUCACGUCUUCCAUCCAAUCUUCCUCCUGAUGUCCUUGUAAAAAGAAUGCCUAGUUGAAAAAGCAAGAUUGCUAGUCAGACCGCGGCUGAAUAAGUGCAGCAGCAGAGGAAUGUCAAGCUAGGCUUCCUGAGCCCCUGACGAGUAACCCAGACGAAACGUGCGCGUCAGGGGCUCAGGAAGCCUAGUUUGACUUUCCUCUGCUGCUGCACUUAUUCAGCCGCGGUCUGACUAGCGUUCUUGCUUUUUCAACUAGGCAUUCUUUUUACUUGUCCUAUCCUCUGUCUAUUUAUUCGUUUUUGGGGGGUUGAGUUAUAUAGUAUAGGCAUUUAUUAAGGGGUGCCCUCGAAGGCACUUAGUUUUUCUAUCUUACAAGCGUCAGGAUUACCUAUAUUUUCUACAUCUCUAUUUAUCAUUGCAUCUAAUCCUAGCUUGUUACUGCCUCCUAUACCUCCCUAUUUACAGGUAUUCUCUGCCUCUUUUCUAUUAACUAUUGCAACCACAUUGGUGUGCUGUUUAACCUCCUGUGUAUUAGAGAUACUUUAUCUAUAUACAGCAGACCCUGUCCUGCAGGAGGAGUUCAGAGGAUACCAAUACUCCACCCUCCUAUCUUGAACAUUGUUUAUAGCAAGUGGCUUCACUUUUUACUAUUUAAGUAUCUCUCUGUAUUUACACCUUUUUGGGAGGUUGUGCUAUAUAGUAUAGGCAUUUAUUAAGGGGUGCCCUCGAAGGCACUUAGAUUUUCUAUUUUACAAGCAUCAGGAUUAUCUAUAUUUUUUACAUCUCUAUUUAUUUAUCAUUGCAUCUAAUCCUAGCUUGCUACUGCCUCCUAUACCUCCCUAUUUACAGGUAUUCUCUGCCUCUUCUUCAUUAACUAUUGCAACCAUAUUGGUGUACUGUUUAACCUCUUGUGUAUUAGAGGUACUUUAUAUACAGCAGACCCUGUUUUGCAGGAGGAGUUCAGAGGAUACUAAUACCCCACUCUCCCAUCUUGAAUUCAAUGACAUUGUUUAUAGAAAGUGGCUUAACUUUUUACUAUUAAAGUAUCUUUGUAUUUACAUCUCUCUUGCUAGCAAGCGUCAGGAUUACCUAUAGUUUCUAUAUUUCUACUAACCAUUAUAUCUAACCUAGCUUGCAACUGUCUCCUGACAGGUAUUCCCUGCCUCUUUUUUAUCAACCAUUGCAACCAACUGUUGUGCUGUUUAACCCCUUGUGUACUAGAGGCAUUUCAUCUAUAUUCUACCUACCCUGUUCUGCAGGAGGAGUUUAGAAGAUACUAGUAUCCCACUUUUCUAUUUAGAAUUCAGUCACAUUGUUCAUAGCAAGUAGUUUUACUUUACACCAAUACAUAUUUCUUUGAAGCAACACUUCUCUUGCUAUUGGUUCUAUUGGAGGUUUAAUACCCCAACUAGUUUAUAGGACAUAUUUUGUAGCCUUGUGCUUUUUGUUUUGCUUUUAUCUUUUCUAUUUUACAUUUUAAUAUAUCCAUUAAAAGUUAUUUUUUAUGCCCAUUUCAUUGUGACUAUAUUUUCCAAAAUGUUGAGUCACUUUAUGGUAGUUUUUUUUCUUUUCUUUUCUUUUUUGUACUAACAUAGGCUUACUCCUUCCACCCAUUCUACAGAAUGUUGUAAAAUGUCUGUUGGUCCUAACAUUACAACAGGAAGCACUAGUUUCACAUGGCACUAACUUUCUUUUAAUGUUUAAAAACCUAGCACUCCGACAACUUACAAAGCACUUAAAUUUGCAAUAAAUGUCCUUGGAUGUCUUCUCCUGCAGCCUCCUUGUGACCUUCAGCUCACAAUGUUGAAUGCAAGACAUAGGCUAAGAACACAGUGGGUGAAAAGGUGGCAUGGUUAACGAGGCAGGCUUAUGUGGCAAAGCAAGCUUCAAACUUUCUCUUCUUAAAUAUUGAAGGGAGAGAGAGGGAAAUGCAGCAGAAAUAUGAGGCCAAAACAGUGUCCAUUUUAAAUGAAAUAUUUCACCCAAAACACACAUUUAACAUAUUUCUUUUCAAGAACAAUCAGCAAUAUGUUUCUUCUUUUUAAAAUAAUCACAUAAAUGGUUUAAUAUUUACUUUUUGUUUUGAAAUGGUAAAACCUUUACAUAUUUAACAUCUGUUUGAAAUGAAUGCAAUACAUGUUUACAUGGGGUGGAGAGGGAAAUGCUGUUUAUGGCCUUGCAAUGAUAACUGCUGUCAGUUACCUAUUCAAAAAUAACAGUGUUUUGUUAUCUAUGUAUUCAUACAUGUCUAUAUGUUGUGGGUUUGUUCCAUCUGUUCUUUCCAUUUCCCAACUAUCCCUUGUGUUCUCAAAUAUAAUUAAAAAAAAAACAUGCUUCUAGCUCCCAGUGUAGUUUUAAGGGAAAGGUCUAUUUGAACAACUUAGGACAUGUCUCUCUUUUUUUAGGAAACAUGGAAUCAGGUGUCUCUUUGAUGUUUCUAAUCUGAUAUAUAUAAUUAGUAUUUUAAUUAUUUUUUUUUAAUUAUUUUUUUUAAAUCUGGCUCCUGGGUGAAUGCCACUAGAGGUGUUACUAGGCACCAAUGUAAACUCAUGCCUUUUCUUUUAAAACGGAUAGUGGGUAAAACUUGAUAGUGGGUAUUCUAGUACAGUGCUCUAUUUCUACAAGAUUAAGGCCUGAAGGGUGAAAUGUUUUAUGUUUGUUCUGUCCUUUUGAUCCAGUAAAAUCCUGACUGAUGCACUACAUCAUGAUGCCUAUGGAUUAUGUCUGCUGAUUGGUAAUAGUGUUAAGCCAUACAUGUGUUUAAAGGGACACUAUAGUUACAGAACCACUACAGCGAAAUGUAUUGAUUUGGUUCUGGUAUCUAUACCAUGGCUGUAAACACUUCCGUUUUAAAAGAAAAGGCAUGAGUUUACAUUGGUGCCUAGUAACACCUCUAGUGGCAGUCACCCAGGCGGGUGAAGAGUGUCCACACUCUACAAGGAGACGCUGAACUUUCACCAUGGAGAUGCAUUGAUUCAAUGCAUGUCUUUGAGGAGAUGCUGACUGGUCGAGCGCAUGCAUAAGCCUCCCAAUGCUUUAAUAUAGUAUUGGAUUGGCUGAGAUCAAUUAUCGAUUAAUUAUCUCAGCCAUGAAGGUGGAGUCAGCCGCAGCAAGACUUGCACAGUGGUGGGAAAAAAAAUGUAACCUUUCACUGCACAGAGUAGUAGGCCAGGUACCUAAACUGCUACACCAGCACUAUAGUAUCAGGAAUACAUGUUUGUAUUCCUGACACUAUAAUGUUAAUUUAAUUUCUGCCUGCAGUCAUUGCACGUGCUGUAUUAAGCUCUGGCAAAAAAAGGCCUCCUUUUAUAUAGUACACGAUCUUCUUGCAGUUUUGGGUCAACAACUGUUUCUAGAUCUAAGUUUUUUUUUUUUUUUUUAAAGGAUGGUGAAAUAAAACAUCACUUCGAUAUUUAAGUAGUGAGUUGUGUAUACAUUAAUAUCACUUGUGUUCCUGUGUAUCAAAAUCAGACCUGUCCUAAUUUAAUCAUAUUUCUUACCUUGCUUCCCACUUGACCAGAUGACUAGCAUCCAAAUUUUGACACAUUGUCAGUAGCAGCAUGGUGUAUGCCUCAGAAAUCUAACCUAAACCUCUAAAUUAACCUAAUAUAGAAUUUUAUUUUAUUUUUUAAAACUGACCUGGACCUACCUGCAAAUUUCCUUUUAAAAAAUGUCACAAACCGACUAAACAAGUAUCUCUUUCUAGGCAUACAUUUUAUUCUAACCCGAAGUAAAAUUCUAACUCAAAUUCUACAAUCCUAGCCUUGGACCGAGACUUUAGUUAGGCUGAGUGAUUUGUUUGAGCCAGUUCCAGCCACCACAAUGCUGCCUCGAGUCAAAGGGCAUUCUACAAAAUAGCCAUCUAGGAGGUGAAAGAUUCCUUUUAGACUACUUGUGCCAACUCUGGAUUUAAAGAUUUUGUUAUGGCCAUCUUUUUAUAUAUGGAUUGCAUGUAUACCUUGCUGUUCUGAACUGGAGAUAAAGUUAAGAUGGUAUAAACUAUUGAAAUAUAAUUUAGCUACAUUGAUCCUAUGUUACUAUUUUUCAGCAUGUUUGCAUGUUCCUCUGUUUUGGACACCAUGCUCCUUCGUCCAUCAGACAAGAAUGACAAUGAUUCAUACACUGUAACGCGGGACCUGUUGCGCACUGAGAUUGUAAACCCACUCCGAAAGUGAGUGUCCGCACUAAGUAGGAUCCCACAGAAGAGAGCAUGCUGUCUUGCUUUUAAGUUAUUUAUUUUAACAUUGUGUAAAUCGGAUUUUUAUAUGUAAUUUAUUUAUUUUUCUCUCUCUUUCACAAACCCAUAUUUGUGACACCGUGUUAAUACUAUUACCAGGAAUGGUUAUGUGUGUGCCACCAAAAUCAUGGCCCUGAGGAAGAUCUUGGAAGCUGCAGGGAGGAGUACAGGGUUCACAAAUGAAGAAAAAGGUGAGCAAAUUGUACGAAUAUCUGAAAACUCCAACGUACAAGAUUAGGAUGUUUACAAAGUAUGAUAUACUAAGGCUGAAACAAUAAGUAGUAUUCUUUCAUAGAUCAUAUAUCUUCUAUUGGCAAUAUAUUUGGAGUGUUUACAAUUGGUGUGAUCUUAACAUGCUAAUAUUCUGUGACGUUGCAUAGUGUACAGUGCCUUAAUUUCUUCCUCCAAUUAUACAAUUUAAAGGAAAGAUAAGCUAAAUUUAUAAUGGUAGAUUUGUUCCCAUCUAUAUAAAUAUUCAGUAUGCUUGAAUUGCAUACAGUACUGUAUAAUUAAUACAAUCUUUAUCAUCUUUACUUGCGUAUUUAAAGACAUUUGUAUCUACAAUAAAUUUUAAAUGUAGUGAAAUGAAUAUCAGUUAUGAACUUUUUUUGGUAUAUAAUCAUUUGGAAAAAUCCUCUGAUAUGAACUUUGUGUACUAGACUUGUGUUUUUUACCCAGAAUGCUUUGCCUAAAUCUGUGUGAUCUUUGUACAGAUCCUGAAGAGUUUCUCACCAACUUGUUCCAGGUCCUUAGGGCAGAGCCUCUGUUUUAUAUCAGGUAAUACCAACCACAACCAUCACUAGCACAACAUGAUUUACCAUUUCCCUUGUGUUCAUUUGGAAUUCUUGUCCUUACAUUAUUUUACACCAUUUUGAUUUCUGAUAUUAAAGUGGAUCUGUCAAUUUUAUGAGAGGUUUUUGCAUAUUUCACAAAUAAUUAGACUGAUUCAGUGUGGAUCUGGUAAAGGGGUGCUGGGGAGUCUGGGUUUUACUUAAUUCCGGCUGUGCCUUGCAGCCACCGCAAUUUUCAUGCUGCAGGUCUCUUCGGCUCCAGACAGAGGAGUUCCUCUGGCUUUAUCAUAAGACAAAAAUAGUCCCUACUUGUCUAAAGAUAACUUUUAAUUGGUGUUGGAAUUUCAGUGAAAUUCUAAUGAGCUGUAAUCCAUAUUUUAUAAAGCUUAUAACUUGAAGACUUACUGAAAAGUGACAGAUCCACUUUAAAUAUUCCUUGUUGAAUCUAAUAUUUGUGAUUUGAUUCCAUCAAUCUAGAAUAUCUAAAAAGAAGCCUCAGGGAUGUCUGUUCUACCAGAUAUUUAUGGAAAGGAAGCUAUCUGUGAAUAUGCCCAGUGUCCAGCAACUCUUGGAGUGGUCAAUGGUCACUGGUGACCUUAAGUUUACAGAGGUAAAAAUGUGCAUACUGAGCUUAAUGACUAGGUGUGUUUGUAUAGAAUAUAUACCCAAUGCCUCACAUUCACUUCUCCCCACCUUGUCGUUGCCUCCAUGCCAAACUCUGGCCUUAAUUUUAUAAAUACCCAAAAAGAGCUCACUCAUAGGACUAGUAUUCAAUCAAUAGUUAUUUAUUAAUGCAGAAUUUACAAGUGUUUAAGUCAAAAUAUAUUUUAAUCAUUUAUCAACAAUAGGCUAAUUUUAAGAAUAAUUGCAGCUUUUUAACCAAAAUGUUUUUUUUUGUUUUGUUUUUUGGUGAACUGAAUCACUCCCUUACUCUCAGGAAUGCUUUCCUAUAUGGAGGGCCUAUUGUGCAUGUGGCACUCACUCUUCAUGUGCGUUAGGUCCUGCCAUCAGAGAAGGCAGCAAUGAUACAGGGACUAAAAUAAAAGUUAAUUUAACCCUUGACAGUGCAGGAGCGCUGAGGCUGUGAAACACAGUGAUAGAAAUACCUUUUGUAUUUAUAACACUAAAGUGUUCCUUUAAGUAGAGAUUUUGUGCACCAAAUGGAAGUACUCUUUAAGUUGGCAUUAUAUUAAAAUAUGCAAAAUGCCUUAUUGAUAUUUAUCAUUAUUGUAGGCCCCAUCCUGCCUUAUUAUCCAGAUGCCAAGAAAUGGAAAGAACUUCAAGAUGUUCCCUACCAUCAUUCCAACAGUAGAGCUGAAUAUCACUGACCUGCUGGAAGACAGUAAGUGAUCAAAAUUUGUAAUAGUUAUGAUUAAAAACCCGGGUUGGUGUUUACAAACUAACCUUUCCUUUAUAUUUGUUUCAAGCCCCACGGCAGUGCUGCAUUUGUCAGUCCCUGGCGGAGGUGGAAUGUCAGGAAUGCUAUGAAGAUGUUGGAAUCACUCCAGGACACAUAAAGCAGUACUGCGACAUCUGCAAUGCACAGGUACCACAUUUUUAGUCUUAAAAUGCAAAGCCAUAAAUAAAUAAAUAAAAUCAGGUGAUCUUAGGAUUGACCUAAGGUGUAUAUGGGUAUUACUACAAAGUUUCUUCGGAACAGGUUCAUCUUCACAAGCAGCGCAAAGGACACCAACCUAGGCAGCUACAUUUUCCUAAAGAUAUCAGUGGACAAGUCAUGUUUCAACGACAGAGCAUGGAACUCUUUGCUGUGUUAUGCAUAGAGACCAGUCACUAUGUGGCUUUCGUUAGGCUCAACUCCCAGAAACGUCCACUUUGGGUCUUCUUCGAUAGCAUGGCUGAUCGAGAGGGUGGGUUAUUAUGUUCUAUAAAUCUUUUCUUGGUUUCAUUUAAUUGGCUGUCCAAAUUAUGCCUUCCCUCAUAUCUGUACUUUUGAAUAUAUCAUUUAUUUUCUUUCUCCUAAACCCCAUCUCUCAUCUCUAACUCUUAUUGCUCUAAGCCUCUUUAGUUUUGCCACUUUUACUUUAGUCCGUGUUAUUGAAAAUUUCAGUCUAUUUGUAGGUGGAGAAAAUGGCUUUAACAUCCCUCGAGUUACCCCCUGCCCAGAGGUAUCAGAAUAUCUUGAAAUGACUCCUGAACAGCUUCAAAAAGAAGAUCUAAAGACCAUGCCAACAUAUGUCCGCCGUCUCUUUUGUGAUGCUUAUAUGUGCCUCUACUAUAGCCCUGACCUCAGCCUUUACAAAUAGGUGCUAUGUCUGAAAAAAGGCAGGAAGAGAACACUUGGGGGUUCCAAAUUCACUUUCUAUUUCGUUAUUCACUAAACUGGAAUUUAGGAAAUCUGAAUUGCAAAAUAGCCAAGCUUUAAGUAGAGUUUAGGUGGAAUAUUUUUAGUGAACAAUUCUGUAUGUGCACUGUGGAAAAACUGGAGUCUAAAUUUCUAAAAUGGUACAUUUUGGUCCAUGGAUUUCUAAAACCAUUUUAUACACUUACCUGUGACCUCAAUGAUUUAUUUUUAGCCCUUGUUUUGCUUGUCUUUUGUUCAAGGAAACAAUUAGACACAAAAUCCGUUUCUACAUUGCUCUGUUAGGUACAUCCUGCUUACGUCUGACUUUGGUCAAAAACAGGGUAGAGGAAAUGCUUCCCUUAACCAGUAAUCAGAAACUGGUUUCACUGCACAUAUGGUUCCUAUUUUCAAUGAUGUGCUGCAUAUAGUGCUUUUCUUGGACCAGCUGGCAGGGCCAAAAUGGAAUUUAUUGGAGGUUUGGUGCAAGAGAACAGAGGUUUACUGAAAUCAGAUCUCACAUGUUAUUCCAUGCCAACUAGGAGUGUUAGAAAAGUCUGCAAUAAGACACAUUUUUAAGCUGACUUUUCAUAUUCCAUCCCACUGCAUAACAAAAUAUCCAUUAAUUUUAUGUGGAAUAUGUUUUUUACAACCCAACCAAGGAUCUGUAUCCAAAACUUGGCCUGACAUCAAAUGCUACAUGGUUUUACUGUUUUUGAGCUGGCUCAAAUCCGUUUUUCGUGUAUACUCUAAUCAUGUAUACUUUUGUAAUGUUUGCAGUUUGUUUGUAUAAAAUUAAUUAUACCAGUUGAUAUAUUUGGAGUGCAUCACAGGAAGUGUAAUUGGCGCAGUAACCGCAUGGUUGAGGUGGAUGUGGGGGAGAGAAAUAUUUUUAUUUUUUAUUUUAUUUUUUAUGGUACUACAUUGUUGACUGUGAGUGAAUUCUGAGGGACUCCUAUACCAAAUGCAUUUGGAAACUGAUCAAAUAUGUACAAAACCCGUUGUAAUAAAUAUAUUUUUGUAAAGAAAUCCGAUUGCAACACCUAUGUGACUGUUCACCAUAAAUUACUUGAAGGAAGUUAUGAACAUUCUCUGUUUAAUUGAAGAAUAGUGUUAUAUCAAAAAUAACUCAGACUCAAUAGCUGCCUACCUCUAAAGUUAAGUUUCCUAAGAGUGGAGGAUAUCAAACAGUCUGUUUAGGAGUACCAACAGUAAGCUAUAUUGGGCCUACUAAAUUCCGUCCAAUUGGAAUAGACCUAAGUCAGCUAUUCUCAGAUUAGACAGGUUUAAAUGUGACAACUGAAUAUUGGUCAUCUUAGGGACUUUUAUGGGAAAAUUGCUAUUGCUAUAACACCUGUUGCACAACAGCAUGUGAAAUUGCUUGUCACUCAGUGUUGCUUCCUAAGUGGACAGUUUGAUUUCACAGAAGUGUGAUUGACUUAGAGUUACAUUGUGUUGUUUAAGUGUUCCCUUUAUUUUUUUGAGCAGUGUAUAUAUAUAUUUAAAUGAAAACAUGCAUGCAUUUAAUGCAGCAUUUUUUUUUUCAUUGGGGUAUAUCUAAAACUGGCAUGAAAAAGCUAAAGACCUUUUUUCUGAAUACCUACCUUCUAACCCAGCCAAUUGGUUGUCCAAUCACAGACUUCAUAGGCAGCUCAUUGAGACCUCUUUGUAUGGCAGGUGACUGGAGAAUGGAAGUAUAUGAAAUUGGUAAAUAAUUCACUAAGACGUUUGAUAUUUCAAAUAAUGUAUUAGUUGAAGAUUGUGUUGUAUUUUUAGGGAUGUGAGGAGGAUAAUUGUGAGGAGAGAGAGAGAGAGAGAUACUCCACACAAAAAACAGCUUAAUGGCACUAGAUAAUUUGGUGUGCCUCACAGAUGUAGUAAGGUUGUAUUCUUGUGCAUGAGUAACAACUUAUUUUUUUUUGCCCCAGGAACCUAGGAAUUGCUUGCCUAUGCUGGAUAGUGCUCAACACUAACUCACCUUUUGCAACUUUUUAAUGUAAAAACUGUUUUGUCAAAAUGCUGUGUAGACCUGCACAAUAACAGGGUGUGCUGUAGAACAUGUGCGGCUUUUUCUAACCUAAAAACAAGCUUACUUUUGGUCACACUUUCAUCUUCUGUAAUUUAAGAUUUAUAUUUUUUACACCUUAUUUAAGUGCCCUGAACAUGGACAUUAAUGAUUUUAUGAAGGGUAAACAAGAAAAGUAACUAAUAUAUACUAGAAUAUACUUUGCUUUUCUGUAUUGUUAUUACAGUAAGUGUGUGUGUGUAUGUAUGUAUGUAUGUAUGUAUGUAUGUAUAUAUAUAAAGUUGUGCAAUACAGUUACAUGGAUAUGGCUAUUAUAUACCUGAUAAAAACAUUUUUCUAUUUUGCCUCAGCUGUUAAGUGAUGUAUUUAUUUUUUUAAAUUAUGAAUACAUUGCCAGUGAAACAUUUAUAUCAACCUGCUUAUUUUUAAAGGAAUGGAAAAAUCAUUAUCAUCUCCCCUGACUCUUCAUUACCGAAGUAUGAAAAAAGGUCUACAUCCUACCUACAAGGAUGGGGAACACUAAAUGUUAUUAACUAAAAUGAGAAUUUUCAAGCAUAAAACGUGAAUUUCAAAUUUAAAGGGACACUAUAGUCACCAGAACAACUACAGCUUAUUGAAUUUGUUCUGGUGAGUAGAAUCAUUAACUUCAGGCCUUUUGCUGUAAACACUGUCUUUUCAGAGAAAAUGCAGUGUUUACAUUACAGCCUAGUGAUAACUUCACUGGCCACUCCUCAGAUGGAUGUUAGAGAUCCUUCUUGGGUCAUGGCUGCCUAAAAUGCAUCCAAACAUUCAGUAUCUCCUCCCUCUGCAUGCAGACACUGAACUUUCCUCAUAGAGAUUCAUUGAUUCAAUUCAUCUCUAUGAGGCGUUUGAUUUUCAGUGAAAUUCCAACGCAGUCUUAAUUAGUAGUAGCAGAUCGGCUUUUAGACCAGCUGACUUGGAGAAUUUAAUUUCAGAUAAGUGAUUUUAUCUUAAAGGGACACAAUGGGUACCCAAGCUACUUUAUCUCUGGAUGCAGUGUCCUUGUCCAGAGGUAAGACAGCCUCUUGUCUACUAGACAGCCACUAGAGGACCUUCCUGGUGGUUUAACUCCAUGAAAAGAUGCUGGACAUUCUCACGUUUUUUUAUUGAUUCAAUGCUUUCCUAUGGGGAAGACCUAAUGGCACUCGCUUUGCAUGCACAUUGAGUUCCCCCUCUCACAAUGCCGUCGCAGGAGGCAGAGAUGGAAUAAAAUAAGUGUUUAAAGGUUUUUUUUAAAGUGGCACUUGCCUAACUUACCUUUGUCCUAUUGUUUCCACUUCUCUUCCAUGCUCAGAAUCUGUUCUUUUCUUGGAAAUUAUUGACUGACUGCCCACAAGAAGCUGCCCAUCAUAUGAUAAAGAACUAUUCUGUUGCUUGAAUAGCAAACAAUUCUGCAUUUUCAUAUUACAUGCCCUCUUUUAUUGUCAUAAUGCUACAAGCAUUCUACGCUACUGUGGCACUUAUGUCUUGAUUGCAUAGGUUGCG